AUGGAUCAAGUUAAUAGAGCAUUAUUAAAAUUGCUUGAACUUGGAAGAAAAAAUCAAAACAGUAUGAUUAAACGUCUUGAUGAUGCUGCUCGAGACUUCGGAUUGAUAAAUCUAAAAAAAUGGCGCAAUGUAACCAAUGAUACGAAAAAUUCACUAGUGCAUGAAUUAGUUGAAAGAAACUUACAUGAAGUGAUCUAUCAUGCAAUCACAAAACUCAAAUUAGAUAUAAAUGUUCGACGAGGCUCCGACGGUCUCACUCCUUUACAAAUAGCUACUAAUGCUGGAGAUCAUCAGACGUGUAAUUUAUUGAAACAACUUGGUGCCAGUGAAGUGCAGGCCGAAGAUGCGUCGAGUUUUCUGUCUGAUGAAGACAGAGAAAAGUCAAUGAAUAUUGUAUGGCUUGAUUUGGAAAUGACAUCUAUUGCAGAACCGGAAAUUUUAGAAUGUGCUGUAAUUAUUACUAACAAAGACUUCCAGAUUUUAGACAAAGGUAGCUGGGUUAUUCAUUUUGAUAAAUCCGUAUUACGAGGACUUGGUGAUUGGCAUCAGGAAACAUUUGCAGAUAUCACUGAAGGUGGCAACGGUUUAUUUGCCGAUGUUCUUCAAUCGAAGCUGAAAAAGGAAGAAGUAGAAGAUGAAUUAUUAAGGAUGAUCAAACGUCAUUGCCCAGAGAAGAUGUGUCCACUAGCUGGUAGUUCGAUUCAUAUCGAUAAAAGUGUUUUAAAACUUCAGAUGCCAAAAGUUCAUGAUUACUUACAUUAUCGAAUUAUUGAUGUCAGUUCGUUUCAAGCAGUAAUGAGACGAUGGGCACCUUGGAUUGAAACAAAAAUUAAGAGAAAUUUGGCUAGACAUGGCCAAGGUGUAGUCAACCAUCGAGCAAUGGAUGAUAUAGUAUGGUCAAUAUCGUUUAUGAAAGAGUUUCGAUUAUUUCUCAUAAAACCACAAGAACUCAACAAUCGCAAAAACGAACCGGCAGAGGCUCGUCGUCGAAAACAUAGUAUGUCUCCAACGCGGACUUUUGAAGAUGAUCCACCUCCUCGAAAUCAAGCACUGCCUAGAAACCAGCCGCCUGCCAAAAAUCAGUCGUAUGCUAAAAAUCAACCAUCUCCUAAAAACCAACCGCCUGCUAGAAAUCAAGCACUUGCUAGAAAUCUAUCAGUAGAAUUAUAUGGUGAUGAGAAACGAUUAUUAGAACGGCUCAAACUAGAAAAAAAUGCUGAUGUAAACAGUAUGAAUUUAAAUGCAACAGAUAAAAGAAUAUAUGACGAAAAUCCGCAUCUUCAUGAAGUUUUUUUAAACAGACGAAGUUUAACUAAAUUUAUGAAUCCAUUUAAUGAUGAAAUGCGCAUCUUAACUAACGCGCCUGAACAGAUUCCUAGUAACAGUAUCAAUAUGCAAAAUCAAAGCACGACUGAACAUUGGGGUCAAAGAAAAUUACUUCUAACAGAAAUUGAAUUUCUUACAGCUUAUGGUGCUGGUAGGCAGUUUCUGGUGGUCUAUGCUGGAGCUGCACCCGGUUCUCAUUUGAAUUUCUUAAGUUCAUUAUUCCCACAUCUUAAGUUUGUUCUCUUCGACACAGCUCAGUUCGAUGUACAACCAACCGAUAGAAUUACAAUUCGAAAGCAAAAAUUCGACACAGAUGUUGCACGAAAUUGCGCAUCUUCAACGCCGGAUAUAUUAUUUAUUUGUAACGUUCAUACAUUUAAUUCAUAUCAAUAUCAGGAACAGGAUACUGUCGAAGAUAUGGAAAAUCAAAAAGUCUGGCAUAAACUACUGAAACCUACCAUGUCUUUAUUAAAUUUUCGACUUCCACGUAAAUCAGGUAAAUUUGAAUAUCUUAAUGGUCAAUCCAUCAUUGAACCAUGGGCAUCGAAACGAACAAUUGAAUGUCGACUAUUAGUUGAGAAAGACGCAAAACUAAAACAGUACGAUAGUACUGCAUUUGAAGAUGCUUUAACCUAUUUCCACAACAUAACGAGAAUCAUGUAUUAUGAACACAAUAUAAAAUAUGAUGAAGCUGAAGGUCUUGAUCAUUGUUACGAUUGUCGAACUGAAAUCUUCAUCUUACAGCUGUAUUUGUCAAUAAUCCAGAAUGUGACAGAUGAAGCUGAUUUAACCAAAAGAACGGUUCAAAUGUCGUCCGACAUAUCUCGACAAAUAGUGAAUAAAGCAAGAGAACAAAGUUUGGGUAUCAAAAGAACUCUGGACUACAUUCAGAAAAAUACGACGGCCUCUUCAAACCUAUGA